AAUAUUGUCAUUCCAGGAGCAAUACCAUCAAUUCAUAUUCCAAAAAAAUCAAAGAAAAGAUCAAAUAUAGCCAAGAAAUCUACAUAUGAGCCGCUAAUGAAAAAAAUUAAUGUGAAUGAAAUCGAGCCAACUACUGAAAUCGAGAUUCCUGUUGAUACUUGUCAAGAAGUUACUGGAUGUACAUUGAUUGAAGAUCCAAUUGAUGUCGAUACUCAUUGCAAUGAGUCUUCGGUGCAGUACACUGCUGACAGCAACAAAGGAUCUGCAAAUGAAUUCGUGCAAGGCACGUGUCGAACACCUCCAAGAACGAUUUUCGAACCUCGCUACGUUGGUGAUAUCCGAAGUCCACACCUAGCUACACCUCGAAGAGCAAAACGAACUGUAGCUUUAGCGAGAGGAGUUAUUGAUAAACAAAAAAAAAACAAUUAGGACGUUGCAACAUUCACGAAACCGAUUGCAUGCACGUAUUAAAAAUAUGAAAAAUUUAGUUAAUGAGUUGAAAGAAAAGAAUUUAAUUUCUGAAAGUGCAUUUGACAGUUUAACGGUAAGUUUGCACAAUAUACUUAUUAAUUACACUACAAGUUAAUUAUCU